CCAGAGCCGCAUCACGCAGGAACCACAGGAAACAACAAAGGGAGAGAGAGAGAGAGAACAAUUAAUCGGCUUGACGACGGCAACGCAGUUCAAGAUACAUACACACAUACACACAUACACACAUAUACACAUAUACACAUACGGAAACACACGCAGCGGUUUCUGCUGAGAGGUAGUCAGGAGCUGCAAUCAUGGCACAUGCCGAGGCUGUUAAGGAUGUCAGGCCUGCGACCAGAGAAGAAAUGUCCCAGGCUAGAUUACCUCUUGCCUACCGAGACAGCUGUGCACAUCUCCUAAUCCCACUGAACCGAUGUCGAUAUGAAGAAUACUAUCUGCCUUGGAAGUGCGAGAACGAGAGACAUUCCUACGAAAAAUGCCAGUAUGAGGAGUUCAAGCUGCGGGUUGCGAAGAUGGACGAGCUGCGGGCAGCCAAGGGUGGUGCCAGGAGCAAUUAGACAUUAGAGGGGGGGAUCUGGAGUUGCUGUUUGCGUGUUUUCUGUUUGCAUUUUCCACUAUCCUGAGCAUUAUGUUGAGAAUUUCUCCAUUGGAAAAAUUGUUGCUGUAUUGUAUAUAUAUAGUAAAGACUUUCUUUUACUUGAUACCUUUUUUCCGUCCAAAAGAAAAGAAUCAUAAAUAAGACUUAUCUCGUCGGACCUUGUUGUAUAUUCUCAAUGCAGUAUCGCAACUCUCUUGCGCCAUGCAACUAACUCCAAUGGCGGCGAUUUGUGGCCAAGAGCGAAGACGGAGGAUAUUUAUAGCGACCAACGCGAUGGGCAUACAUAUACUGCGUCAAACCUGCCUGUCAGCCAGCAUGGAUAGUAUUACUGGACUUUUAUUGGGCUUCAAAGAUCGUCCCAGAUUACGUAGGAUUAUUAUGAGGUUGAUCGGCUCUAGUGACACCCAACCAACUUCCGAUUAUAAGAGAAGCAUGCUGUACAGCGUAUUAAAGUAUUAAUUAUCCCGCCGUGUCCCGCCCGGAUUCGAACUUCAGCCCGCAUCCCAAUGGCUGAUUUAUAAGCAGGAAGCGGAG